GCUGGGUCAGUCCAGAAGCUUUAUAAACGCUCAAAACUGAAAAGUCUCUCCAGAAUUCACAACUCAAACUCUGCUUCAAACAGAGUCCUCUGUUUUUUCUACUAUGGCUUUCACACCAAGAACCUUAUUGGCUCUGCUUUUCUUUAUGGCUGUGGCAAUUGAGUUUUCUCAUGGUGCUGUGUAUAAGGUAGGGGACUCUGCUGGUUGGACCACCAUUGGAAAUGUCGAUUACAAGCAGUGGGGAGCUACCAAAAACUUCGAUAUUGGUGAUGUCAUCCGGUUCGAGUACAAUGCACAGUUUCACAAUGUGAUGAGAGUAACACACGGCAUGUACAAGACCUGCAAUACCUCGGCACCAAUGGCCACAUACACUACUGGCAACGAUUCCAUAACCAUCAAGACCCGCGGCCACCACUUCUUCUUCUGCGGUGUUCCUGGUCAUUGCCAAGCAGGACAAAAGGUUGAUAUCAAUGUACUCAACUCUUCUGCAUUGGCUCCCACUCCUGCUGCUCCGACAUCUCCUGCAGUUCCUUCCGUCGAAGCACCUGGUCCUUCUCCAAAUAAUGCUCCAUCUUUGAAGCCUUCAAUGGCUCUUCUUCACAAACUUGGUUUUGCAGUCUUUGCCAUCACUGCAUGUGCUUUUGUUUGAUCAAUUGUUGUUAAGCUCUAGUUACAAAUAAUCAUCCUUUCCUUCCUGUAA